AUGACACCCGCCCCAUUACAAGGCGUUCUUCGUUUGUAUCAAAUUAAGCCAAUAGCGCUUCCCUACUUCGAAACAAAUGCACACCAUUCGAAUAAGCUGGUCUUCGUUCCGGGUCUAACAGACACUAUUGGCGUUGUGCCGUACUUGCCACGCUUGGCCUCAGUCAUUGACGAGGUGGGUUUCUCGCUUGUCCAAUUCGUCAAGUGCUCAGAUCUCGGUGGGUUUGGCACAUCGUCUCUCGAGGGCGAUGCACAAGAAAUAGCUCAGCUCCUCGAGCACCUUAUUACCCGCUCAGACAGUCCAUGUACAGGCAAACUUGUCGUUAUGGGUCAUUCUACAGGUUGUCAAGACGUUGUGGCAUUUUUGUCGCGUGAGCGCCGUCUUUUGUCGGGCCGAGAUGGUCCUAUCCGAGUACAUGGUGGUAUAUGUCAAGCACCUGUUUCAGAUCGCGAGUACUUUGACGCCCAUGACGGCCAAAAUCCAUUAGGCCAGCUGCAACUGGCUGAGAGUCGUGCGUAUAUUGCUGAGGGCAAACCUGGGACGUUGCUGGAGCGUUCCAGCAUCGCACAAACGCCACGUUAUACGGAUAAUGGUCGCGGCGAUGGCAAUUCUGCCUCGGCUCUUCAGCCAGCUAUGACUGCGUACCGAUUCACCAGCUUAAAUGCGCGCGGUGGUGAUGACGACCUUUUCAGCACAGACUUGCGGCAGGAUGAGUUGCAGCGCACUUUGGGACCUGCGCUUGAACGUGCGCCUUUGCUAAUGUUAUUUGGUGCGAAUGAGUGCGUAUUUCAAUGCCAUUGUCUUUACUGA